AUUUCCGGCUUUAUUAUCAAAAACACUCCUUUGUAACACUUAGAUACUUCUUUAGCGUAUAGUAAACCAACAAAGAACAAUUAUUUUCACUGACAUCUUUAAAGAAAUAUAUUUUAUUCAACUACCACAAGGAAUUUAAAACCAAUUUUAUUCGAUAUUCUACUUUUUCCAAUUUUAACUAACUUCUGCCUCUAAGCGAAGUAAAAUUUCGCCCACUCAUCGAAAUAAUACUAUUAUAAUUUCCAUAGAAAUAACAGUGCACUCGCUUCCCUAGUCUAGGGUGUAGCCGUUUGAAAUUCAAAUGCCAUUCUGCGAACUUCGCCAAAUUCGGUCUUUCUCAGUGUUGCUAACUUGGUGGUUUAAAUCCCCCUGCUGGUGGGUAAAAAUUGUUUUUAGUGUAAUGGUUUUUAUGGUGGGUUUAUGUAUGUUUUAUGUAUAAAUCGUGUCAAAACGACAAGACUAGUGAAAACCGGAAGUAAGUUAUCCAUAAAGAGAGCAAUUUUUUUAAAUUGGCAAUCAAUAUGAAUCUGGUGGGAGUGAAAAAAUAGUUGGCAACACUUUCUCAUAGACGAGACACAACUAGACGUAUACCGUCCAAUGUUUUGCUUCGCUUUUGGUUUAUAAGGUCGAAAUCGCAUUUUCUUUUUGUUCACAAGCUCAAAAAUCGCGUUUUGUUUACAGACAGCGUGGUUUAUAAGCCUGAAAAUCGCGUUUUUGCAACCAGUUAUACGUCUAGUUGUGUCUCGUCUAAGGUGUUUCUUAUUAUCUGGUAGUAUUUCUAGGGAUAUAUUAGGGAAUUUUCUGUCAAAUAUCAAAAUAGUCAUUUUCUGUCAAAUAUCAGUCAUUCCGUUUGUUAUCCGUUUUCUAUGUUUGUUAUGCAAAUAAAAGCUUACAAGAAGUGUUUGUUCGAAUAUUGGAUUUGGAAUAAUAUUCUCAUCUUGUAUUCAUGCCUAAUAAUUAAUUAGCUUUUGUGCAGUUUGGCAGCUAUGUCUUAAAAAGCUAUAAAAAUGUCUGAGUUACUUAUUUUUCGGUCAAAACAUCCUCAGGCUUGCCAAAGAGGUAAUACAACUCUUCUGUGAUUGUUAAAUAUAAGUAGUAGAGUUUUCAUACAUAAUGGAGCAGAUAGUCUUUAAAAAAGAGCCUGAAGAACUAGUCGACGAUUCAAUUAAUUAUGAUAAACCAAGUACCUCUGUUGACCAAGGGAUAGCAAUAAAACAUGAAAUCAAAGAAGAAUUAGAAACGUCAACAGAUGAAGAAAACGAUUUUAAAGUCAAACUGAAAUUUGAAACCAAAGAUGAAAUAUAUCUGGGCAAAGGACCUGAAGAAAGUUACAAUAAUUAUUCUGAUGGAGAUGAAAUUGAAGAUUUUUAUUACAAUAUUAAGGAAGAAGAAAGGGGCAAUGACUUUUCUGAAGGUGAUGAUAAAAAUUCCUCACACAAUGGAGAUAAUGAAGAAAAAGAUGAGGAUGAAGCCAAGUUUGAGGUUAAACAUGAUGAAGAAUCAGGGACCGACAGUGAAGUUGUAGAAGCAAAAAAUGAAUGUGGCGAGGAAGAUUGUUUAAAACCAACAGUCGGAGACGAAGAAAAGUUAUUUCAGUGUGACAUGUGUCCCAAUAAAUAUCCCAAAAAGAACAGUUUAUAUAAACAUAAAAGGUAUUUUCAUGAAAAAGAUGGGCUGAAAAAAUUUAAUUGCAGCGAAUGUGACUACGGAACUGCGUAUAAAAGUGAUUUUAACAAACAUUUAAUAAUUCACGAUAAAAAAAAAUAUUUAAAAUGCCACUUUUGUCAUUACAGUUCUGCUCAUAAACGCACUUUAAACGCACACGUGUGGAGCAAACACAAACUAGAAAAUAAAGGAGAAAAAGAAAUAAAAAUAACUAGUAAAAUACAUCAGUGCACCAAAUGUUUGUAUUCGAGUAUCACGAAAACAAAUUAUGACAGGCAUGUGUGUUCAAAAUUAAAAGGAAAAGCUAAAACAAGCACAGUACAUCAAUGCCCCAAUUGUUCAUAUUCAACUGUUAAGAAAACGAGUUAUAACAGGCACGUGAAAGCAUGCUCGAAAUUAAAAAAUGGCAAAUAUUAUAAAUGUCAUAUUUGCCAGUACAAAUCCAUUGACAAACGUUGUUUGACAAAGCACAUGAAAACCCAUGAUAAAAUGAUAGAAUUGAACUGCUUGUUUUGUGAAUAUCGCGGCAUUUCAAAAACAUUUUUGGAUAACCAUAUUUUAACCAAACAUUCCGAGUUGUUAAACGAAUCAAAUAAUAAUUUAAUCACUUCUAAAGUGCAUUGUUGCCAAUACUGUAAUUAUAAAACUACAAUAACGUGUAGUUUAAAAAAACAUUUAAUUCGUAAUCAUUCCGAAGUUUGUCCCUCUGAUCAGAUUUUUCAGGAUAACGAAAAAAACUGUUUUUAAAUUAAAUAAAUUAAAUUCUUG